UGUGACUCUCCAAGGGCACAUUUAUAAAACACUGAGUUCUACAGUUGAACCGAAUGCUUCCGAUGGGAGAGCUUUUGUGUAACUGAAAGUUGGUGUAGCUAGUCUUCCCAAGUGAUGGGAAAACACAGAGGAUUUUCAUUGUGUUCAAGAAGAAUUUGAAUAGUUCACAGAAAUCAGCAUCCUUUGUUAAUGCUUCUAUCUGGUUCUCUGCAGAACUCCAUCAGUGGCAAGAGAUACUGAUGACAAACGCAGCGAUGGCCGUGAACCCUUUAUUGACAGCAUCGGGGCAGCAGAGGAUCCCACUGGUUCCCUCACCAUUUGGACCUCCACCUAUGGACAGAGACAUACUGCCUUCUACUAUGGUUCCAACUGACCCAAGACCGUUUUGUGUACCUUCCCAAUUUGGAUCCUCUGUUCUACCAAAUGCAAAUGUGCCGAAUAUGCUGGCCAACCACGUCUACCCAGGUUGGGGCAUUUUACCUCCUGAGUCCAUAAAGGCAGUGGCCAGAAGAAAUGAAAUGAUUCAAAGACAUCAUACUGCCAGGACAGAAAUGGAAAUGUAUGCUAUUUACCAGCAAAGAAGAAUGGAAAAAGUUCAUCCCAAGGGACUGGCCAGUUCAGGGGUACCAUUCCCCUAUGGCUCUGGUAUCCCAGCUGGCCCAGCCACCUACCACGGCAGGACCAUGCUCCCUGCCAGUGACCUGCACUUUCACAGAAGCACUCUCAAAAACCUUCAGGGAAAUCCCAUGCUAAUGGCAACUGGACCACACUUCAUAGAGAAUUGGGGUCAGAAAUGUCGCCGACUCCGGAGAGGUACAGGGAAUCCGAAAGUAUUAGACAUUGAUAUUGAGAGUUCCAAAAGUCAAGUAGAAGAAAAAGUACUAGGCCAGACUCACACUAUUCCCUACGAAGAGGAUGAGUAUGCAAAAGACGCAGAAAUUGAAUCUCAGGACAAUCAGAAGGCAAGUGAAGCCAAUGAAAAGCCCACUACAAUGCUUGACAACACCUAUGAAGAGCUUGAGCCCACCCACAGAAAACCCUGGGCGUCUCACGGCACUUCCCUGGAAGUCAAGGCCUGGGAUAGUGAGAAAGAGAAGCCUUCAGAGCAGGUUUUUGCAGCCUGUAGUGAAAAGAAUGGGAUUUGCCCUCCAGCUCCUCAACCGACUCUGCCAGGAGCACAGGCCCUGGCUCCCACUGGGGAAAGCUUCUCUUUGGAUGAAGAUAUGCAGAAGUGGACCGUGGACGACGUGCACAGCUUCAUCAGCAGUCUGCCUGGCUGCUCAGACUAUGCUCAGGUAUUCAAAGAUCAUGCGAUUGAUGGAGAAACUUUGCCGUUACUCACGGAAGAGCAUCUUCGAGGCACCAUGGGAUUAAAGUUAGGGCCGGCACUAAAAAUCCAAUCACAGGUAUCUCAGCAUAUGGGAAGCAUGUUUUACAAGAAGACUCUUUCACUUUCAGCCCAGACAAGACAAGCAUUCGAUCAGUCAGCAGAAACAUCCCUUUUGGAUUUUAAUUCCUGGAGUGAUACACUGAGCAUUCCUCAUUCCCAGGAUAUAAUAAUUGCUAAAGAAACAGAGCAAGAUAUGAGAAAUUAAAAACCCUCGAGGAGCAAGAAACAACCUAACCAGUUUUCCAAAGAGUCUAGGCUAUCAUGAGGGAUGCAUGAGCAUUUCCCAGAACCAAAAAGGAGACAGGGGAGAGGAGGUCAGGCCUUCUGGCCGUCUUGGAGGAGGCUUUGCCAGAGAGCCUUUCUGCCAGCACCAAAAGAUCUGAGCACCAAGUGGCUGGAGGCUAGCAUUGGAGGCAAACCUGAGGAAGAGCAGAAUUUGCAGACAUCAAGAGAAGCCCCUGUACAUGUCCUUGGAGAAAUCUCUUCUGCCGAAAGAGCUGGCACCCAAUAAAAAGUGCUUCUUAAACUCUCUUCAUCCAUUUCCCAUCCCUAACCCUGAGAGAUGAGACAACCUAGCAGGCCAGAGGGGCCAAAAAAGAGACAGAGAGAGAGACGGGGAGAAGCACAAAAUAGAGAAACAGCAAGGCUGACCUCAAAGCCUCCACCUUCCUGCAUCGCGGCCUUCUGGCCUGAAGCAGGCCCGAUUUAAGGAAGGGGAGAAGCUGAACCUUCAAGUUUCUAGCUCCACCACAGCUCAGGACUAGGUGUUUUUAUUUCUGGAAUGAAACUAUGUGAUGACUAAAAGUGACUGGAGGACUCCUUCUCUGAGAGGGACAUGCAAAUGCACACCCACUUCAGACUUCUUCCAAGGGGCAAAGGCGUUAUCUCAGCAAAGCAGGCCUGAACUGGACGAUGAGGGAAGGAGGUGAGCGCGCCUCUGCUCACACCCCAUCGAACCACACUUUCCACUGCACGUUUGACAGAAUGUCUCUGCGAGGAUCCCCAGGAGAGUAACAGCGAUUGCUCGAGGAGCGGACUGGCUGACAGGAGUAUGUGGCAGACUUCUUACUCUACCCCUUUUCU